UAAAAACAAAAAUAAAGUGAUGUUUGGAAUCAGUGUUAACAAUUGCAUCAGACGAUGUGCCUUUGAAAUUUCUUAGAGAAAUGAAAAAUUUCGAGAAUUUUUCGAUUAUUCAGUUCGGUUUCCAAGCAAAUUUUGACAAAACUUUUCACUUCUAAAAACAACUUCAAAGGCACAUCAUCUGAUGCCGUUUUGACCACUGAUUCCAAACAUCACUUCAUUUUUGUUUUUAAGUGACGUUUUGACCACUAAAAUCUCAAAAAACUGAAAAGUCGCGGUUUGGUCGGCCAUCUUGUUUUCAAGUUUUUGAGCUUUUCCACCAUGUUUAAAAUAAAGUUUUUGAGCUCAGUUUGUGGGAGAUUAGAGCGUGCCAAGACCGAUCCGGUGAAAAUGGUUUCGAGCGAAUUAAACAUCACUUGAAGCCUCCCCACCCGCUCGGAUCAGAAGCCUAUCUCAGCCCAGCUAGGUCUGAUCUGAACCAGACUUUCAUCGAAUGUUGACCAUGUGAAAGUGUGGUAACGAAAUGUUUUUUUUGCCGCCACUUGCAACUGUUUGUGGGAGGGUGCCACAACAAGAGCCAAAUGUAGGCGUCUGUGACGUGCAAAAAUUCUCAUUCCAGGUAAAUGAUAGAAAGCUGGGGCUAAUUUUGUUUUGCAUUAAACACCUAUGGCUAGGAGUUGACAUAGUCCGAUUUUUGAAUUUCCUACUUACUGAUUUCUGGUGCUUAAUAGAACUUUAAAAUCCGAAAAUCCUCAUUUCUACAAAAAAUGGAAGCAUAAUUUAAAAAUCGGACUCUGUCAAGUCCUAGCUAUAGGUGUUAUCUACAAAUCAAAAAGAAAAUUUUCUUACUCUGAUGUAUGGUUACCGAGAAUUCCUGUACAUGGCAAAAGCCCUGCAGCUAAAAGACAGCCUUGAGAAAAAGGCAAAAUAAGUUUGGAUUCUGUUAAAUGCGUUUUACUCAGAAACUAUUAAAGCGUUAGAUAAUUUGUUGAUACUUUGCUAUAGGUUAUCAGCCAUGACGUAUCUAAUGAACAUGUGCAGUCCAGGAGGGCGCUUACAAAAUGCAAGUACAAAAAAGUCAUUUUUUUGUUAUAGGGUUUCUGGAAAACUCGCUCAAAACCUAACCUAUCGGCACAAAAAUUAUCACACUUUGGGCUAUCCAACCAUGUGCUUUUCUCAAAAUUGAUAUUUUUGACAAAAAUCGGCAUUUACCCGGGGCGGCGGCGGGCUUAAGUGAUAUUUACAAUAUGGCACAGGAAACCGUCUUGAAGUUUUUAGUCGACUACUGCUAAUCACCAAAUACUGAAUUGUGAAACGCACAUAGCGAGAUUGGGCUUCCAAAGACCAAUCGAAUGGUGUAUAGCAAGUUUAGAUCGUAUCACUUUUUGAUGAAGAUAUUAGUAGUUUUAGGGUACUUUGAGUCAUAGAAAGAAAUGGAACAUUUUGACAAUAAACUCCAAUUUUUUCACAAUCGCUGCUACAGUAUAAGCUUAAAAUUGGCGGUAUGUUCACUAUUACAUGAGAAGAAUUAUUAAAAACAUUUCCAAAGACGUAACGAAAAACAUUUUUGAAAAAGAGCAGUGUCGUUUUUUCUUGAAAAGAAUGAUAUUAAUAGCUUUCCGGCUUUUCUUAAAAGAGUAGUCAGUCGUCCAUCUUUUGCACAUUUUGGACAACGUUCACUCGAAAUAUUUGCUGCUUAUAAGGCAAGUUAGGUAGCAGGACAAAAACCAGUCAAAGUCUGUAAAGUCUUAGUUUGAACCAAACCGCCUAGAAACCAAUAAUGUAUUUUAACCCUAUUUAUAUUUGGGAAGAGGAACAUUUCUGCUGCAAAUCGCUUUAAAUAAAUUGGACAUGAACUUAAUGCAUUCAACAACGUACAACGGCAAUGGAAAUCACUUAGUAGUUAAACUCUCUUUCCUGUUACACUUAAUGAAAGCUUUAUUUUAAGGGACAGAUAAAAAGAACAAGUACCAGAUUCAAAAAGUCAUCGAAUGAGGGUGAAGGAACUGUUGAGGAGUGGAGCAGAGAGACUCACGGCAUUCUAAAUCAAAAUUCGAAGAUUCUACCCGAUUCAGUAAACCUAGAGAUUCACUUCAGAUCGAAAAGGACAGAGUAGAUUGAAUUCAUUCGAAUUGCAGUGAGUUCCUAAUACAAAUGAGAGAAGGUCCCCAAGUGACCGGAAACUUGUGCUUUUCUUAUAAAUUCUAUAACUUUGCAAAGAAAGGUCGUGUAGAGCUUGGGGAUGUUUCAUUCUAGUCAGAAAUGUACAGUUACAGUCAGGCCUUAUUAAGAAAGAUUUUGGUUAUCUUUUAGAGUUUCUGAAAAACUGGUUUUCCAAAAACCGGGAUCUCUAGAGAUCUAUUGGUCCACCAUUGUGAUAUUCGGAAUCAGGACACUCGAUAACCUAUUGUCCACUAAGUUUCCGGUCAAAAUGGAUUUCCUACUUUGGGACCUUCCCCUGUGAGCUUUGUUCAGUUAGUUUAUGUCAAGUGAAAAAAGACUUUUACUAUCGAUAUUCAGAACUUUAAAAUAAUGAACUCCAUUUUUUUCCAGUAUACUGGGAAAAAGAAAACUUGACAGCUGUCUUAUGUUUUUUGAAAAACUGUGAUCAACGUUCUAUAUUUUUUCGUUAUAGUUGACUACGAAUUAGAUCCAACAGUUAAUGAACUCUCAAUAUUAAAAGUUAUUUUUUUACAUAAUAAUAUUCAAGAAUUAAAUUUAAAUGAAUUAUUUGAUAAUCAAGAUAAACAAUUGAAAUAUUCUAACAAUUUAUCUGAUUGUAAUCAAUUUAUACAAGCCAAUACUGGUGGAAAAACUAUUCUUAUUUUAUCCGAAAAUUUUAUGUUACCUGACAUACUGACACAAUUUGAAGGGAACGAACAGAUAAGUUCUAUUUAUUUUUACAUUGAAGAUAAUCAUCUUAAAAAAGCAGAUUUUUUUAAAGGCGUAGCACAAAAGUAUCCAAAAAUAAAAGAAGUUUAUUCAAAAGAAAACAAUCUUGAAUUUCGUUUAAUCGGAGACUUUUUAACAUUUUAUCGACAAAAAGCAAAUGAUCUUGUUUUAAAAAAUCGUUAUAGUCUGGCUGAAUAUUAUUAUCAAAAGGCAGAAAAAUAUAUCGUAUUACUUGAAAGAAAACUAAAUUUAAUUGGAGAGGUAGAUACUUAA